AUGCAGGAAAGACGACAACAAUUGAAAAUUCCACCAGCUUGGCAGCCCGACGAAUGGAUUUGCAAUCAUUCAGGAAGUCGACAAUCGACAAGAAUGGACAAUUAUUUCGUCUAUCAACAAUCGAAAAAUAGAUCAGCAACUAGUUAUAGAAGUUUAGAAAGAUCACCAACUCCUAAACGCAUCAGCACAGCCAAGCUGCGACGACAAAUCGAGAAUUUAAGUCUGAAAAGUGCCGAAUAUCGUCAGUCUGCUCGUCAAUCAAAAGUCAAACGGUUACGUGAUACUAUUAGUCCAGUAUCCUAUAAAAGCUUUUAUUCCUAUGCUCUUCAUCGUCACCUUCCCACCCCACCUAUUCACAUUCCAAAAAUGUCAAAACAGUCUUUAAAACGAUGGCUCGACGCUCGAGAUGCAUAUCUUGGUCAUAAUUAUCCGUACAUUCAAGACGGUCUCCGUCGCCAUCAACGAUUACGACGUCGAAAGGCGCGCAAAGAAACGAACACGAUGAUCGAUUAUGACGAAACUGUAACAAUCUUAUCCAUGGAAUCGGAUCGGUUUACUUUACCCGAACUAACAUAUACCAAUAGUCAACGUCGAUUGAGUCGAAAAGAGAGCUUUACGAGACGUCUCAGCAGAUCUGAAACAAAUCUGCGUCGCCCAGGCAGUCUGCUACAACGUAUUAAAUCAUUUGUUCGAUCACCAGUCGCUUCGUUAAAUCGUCUUCCAUGUCGGAAACGAGCAAGAAAGAAAACGGUGAUCAUCUGGGACAAUUUUGAUGAUAAAUGCAUUGGAACAGAAACUAGCGAAUCAACCACUUCUCGUACGAACAUAAAACGUUCCGAUCAAGGUGUACAAGCUAAUCUACCUCGUCCUCGAAUAGAAUUACAUCAUGAAAUUGAUACUAGCAUGGUUGUCGGCGAGAAAAGGCAACGAACACGACCUGUUCGAAAAGAUGUUGAAUAUCAUGAUAAAGCAAUAGAGACAGAUUUCAUUGAGAAUUUUGUCACUGUCCAGAGAGAAAAAAAAGAAAAAGAAGUCAAUGCUCACAAGAAUGAUAAGACCACUCGUAGUGACGCAGAAAAAGAAAACAUAAACCCAUCUACCAGCGAACAAUACAACGUUGAACAAUAUCAAGCCAGCGACAACGACGACGACAAACAUCAUUUGCCAUCGAUGUCUACUUCUGAUCGGCAACGAAACAAAAAAACAAACGAAGCAAUCAAAGCAUCACGAUUUACGAAUGCAGGUAACCGAAUUGCUCCGUUAACAGAUCUAUUUCAUUCAUCGACAAUCAAUGAAAAUGAUAAACAAAACGAAUCGAGAUCGGCAAUUGUUACACCAACAGAAUCGAAUACUUCCGUUCAUGAACAAUUGUACAAGUAA